AUGUUAUUUCUGUUACUUAACUUAUGCUUAUCCGAUACAUACCACAAAACGGUUGAAUCAUUUAUUAAUGGAAACGUAAGCACUAAAAAUUAUGACCAAUUUAGGUUCAAAUUUCAAACAAAUUUCAAUCUCCUAAUUAUUUAUAAUUGUGCUGGGUUUGAAUCAACUGUUAUUCCAUUGAGUCAAGUCAAUCAUAAAUUCCAAUCCCCUUACACAUAUUUUGUUCUCAGAUUUAGAGAUGAUUAUGUAAUUAUUGAUAAGAAACCAGAUUGUAAAGAUGAAUAUUUAAUAUUUACAGCAAUUCCAAACUUUUACGAGAACGAAAACAAGCUAUUUUUAUUAAAUGCUUAUACAAAUAUAACAAUUGGACCGAAGAACUCACAGCUCAGACCAAACAUUGAUAUCAAUAAUGAUGAAACGUUCAAAAUACUCUUCUUAUCUCCAGUUUCCCAUAGUUCGAAGCUAAAAUUUGAUUUGAAGAACAUGAAAGAUGUCCAAGUUAAGUAUGUUGACGAGCGUGGUACUUUAUCAACAAUUCCAAUAAGUUCAUCUAAUUCUUUCGAGCUAAAAGAUCUUCAAUCUUUCAUUUUGCAAUUUACAACAAAUUGGGAAGGCCAGCUUGGAUAUUUCUCUCAUGUUAACGAUGAUCAAUUUGAUUACAAGCAAUAUCCUUUAUUAUACUAUUCAGCGAACAUUUCUGAUUUCCAAACGAGUUUUUACCCUCCAAUGGACAUAAAUGAUGGAUCUCCAUUACCAGUGACCAACGAAGUUUGCAUGUGUUCCGAUGAAAUAAGCGCCUGUACGCAUUGUCCGAAUGGAUUAGUUCCAUAUUCAACAGAAUCAACAAACACUAUCCUUAGAAACUAUCUUUCCGAUUCUGGAGACAAUAAAUGCACAAUAUACGUUGACGGAGCCCAAAAAAGAGAAUUUACUUUCGAAGGACUAUCAAAAGGUGACAUUUCAAUGAUUUCUCUUGGUUUAGGAGCGAACCUUGAUCUUAAAUUCCCAGAAUCACCAGCCAAACUUUCAUUAUCUGAGUUAUCUGUCACAAUUUCUUCUUCGACAACGAUUUCCUCAGAAAAGCUUGUUCUUAAUAACGUAAAUAUACAAAUUUCUGGUUCAUCCGACCUCAAUUUCGAUCUUUCGGAACUAGAAUCAGAUUUUGAUUCGUUAAAUAACAUAAAAUCAAUCAAAACAGGGUCUGUUUCAUUCGUAGGUAAUGUAUACAAGUCAUCCAUUGCACAAGGAAUCACUCUAAAGUCACCAAACAACGUUUAUUUACCAAUAAGUAUUGCAACUUCAACAAUUGAUAAAGAUGCAGCUAUUAUCAAUGACAUAAACAUAUAUGGAGAUGCUAAUUUGUAUUAUUCAAGUGCAAGUAUCGUCUCAACCUUUGUUUCUUCAAAAUAUAAAUAUAGUUUCAAUGGAAAUAACAAAAGUAUCAUCUUAUUUGGCGAUUUCCCAGCGACAACAAGUGUUGUAACAGGCGGAAAUGUCUUUAUUUACACACAAAGCAGUCCAAUGUUCACAUUCACACCAAAUUCAACAGUUACUUUAGGCGGAGAAACAAUCAUGAGGCUGAAUAACCUCCUUAUAUUCAAUAACUGCCACGUUAUCAUAGAUGCAGCAGGAAUUGCAAGAGUUACUCUCUUCGAUGAUUUUGUAAAGCUCUCAAAUCGAGAAAAGGAAGUUCCCAUGACGUUACCAAAAUCUUUGACGAUCAAAAAUGAAGUGAACGGCGGUUAUUUGGAAAUUUUUGCAGGAUCAAAUAUUAAAGCGUUUCCUCCUAUAACAUACAAUGUUUAUGAGAACACAACAACUGUUUUAGGAAACUUUGUUGAUUACAAAGGUGAAUCCCCCUUCGUAAUUCAUAUUUUUGGUGUUUUCCUUUCAAUCAGAACAUUUGACAACUACGUCAAUCCAUCAUCUGUUCAGAUUCUCCUUUCAGACAACACUUCUCCAUCUGUAAGUGGUGUCAUUAUUCCGUUUGCAACAGCUGCACCAACAGCGAAAGAUUACUCCGGACCAGUCGCUGCAGGAACAAUAGGAACACUACUUUUGAUAGCAAUUGUUGUUUUCAUCAUUUUGUUUACUGCUUGCGGAAACAUCAUUGGUCUGAAAACAUUCGGUCCGUGGGGAUCUGAUCCUUAUAAGUAUAAAGAUGAUGACCAAGAAGGCGAAAUUAUUGAUUUGAACUUGUAA